UUGGGUCCUACAGGCAGACUAUUCUCUUUACAUUGAGUUUUUGAUCAUUGAAAGGAUUUAGGUUGAAGAUAAGAUUAAAAACAUCUAAUUGUUUUUAACUACACGGAUAUGCAAUACCAAAGUAGACUUUUACAGCGAUGGUCUGCGAAUUUCAAACAAGCGCAACCUGGCGGCGACCAGCAACACAGUUGCUACCUAUUUGACCUUCCUUCGUACUUUGUCUUAACUUUCCAACGAUAUGAAGGAGAAGCCAAAGACGGCCAGUUUCAUGGGCGAGGUUUCGCCAGGUUUAAAGGAGGCCAUGUUUAUAAGGGUAUGUUCUCCAUGGGGCUCAUGCACGGAACUGGUGUCUUCACGUGGGCUGAUGGGGUGAAAUAUGAGGGGGAGUUUGUGCUCAACAUUCCCAUGGGCCAAGGCAUGUACAUUUGGCCAGACGGCAGCUCUUAUAAAGGUGACGUUUGCAACGGUGUCAGGCAUGGGGAUGGAACCCACAAAGAUGGCAAAGGCAAAGUGACAUACAAAGGUCAAUGGAAUCACAGCAAAAGGCAUGGAAAGGGCACCGUGUAUUAUAACCAGGAGGAGACCUCUUGGUAUAAAGGAGACUGGGUGAUGAACAAAAGAGAGGGCUGGGGCAUAAGACGCUACCCUUCUGGUAACAUUUAUUUUGGAGAGUGGAGGAAUCACUUGAGACACGGGGAAGGCACCAUGAGGUGGCAGAAUGUGGGACAGCUCUAUAUUGGGCACUGGCUAGAUGGAGUCCAGCAUGGCCAAGGCACACAUGUGUGGCUGGUGAAGCGAACGGAUGGAUCGGAAUUUCGUCCCAGCAAUCAGUACACUGGGAAUUUUUUUCUGGGUCAGAGAAAUGGACAGGGAAUCUUUUAUUACGCCGGUGGUGCCACCUAUGAGGGUGGAUGGAUAAACAAUAAAAAACACGGGAAGGGAAAAGUCACCCUCAAGGAUGGCAGUGUGCUUGAAGGACAGUUCAUUAAUGACAAGAUGGUGACUCCGGAUGUGACAGCAAACAGAGCCCCUGUUCGACAAGGUUUAGAUGAGUCUACUCUUGGACCAGACAUGACUGUCAACAUCGAUUGUGUUUUGGAGAAAUUCCCACAGAGAAAACAAGACAAUGAGCACAAACAGGUGAGGUUUGUGCUGCUGAGGCACAAGACAGAGCUGAGAGCUAUCUAUCGUUUCUACAGCCGACUGGGUCACCGUCAGACUCCAGGUAGUGCCUUCCUGCUGUCCCGCAUGCAGCUGUGGCGCCUGCUGAAAGAUUGUCGCAUCCACCAUCGCGGCAUCACCUUGACAGAGCUGGAUCUUUAUAUCAGAGAUAAUCCGGACCCAGCAGAGGUUCACUCCCCCUUCACUCCCAUCAUGCUCUGUCGCUUCCUCAGCUGCCUGGUGGUCAUUGCUUACCACAUCUACCAGAAAGACAUUGAGCCAUCAAAUUACCUUCUGGCUUCCUGUUUCUCCAAAUUGCUGACAGAUGAUAUUUUUCCAAAUGCCACGAAUGUCAAAGGUUUCCUGUUUAACCCACCCGGGCAUGCAGUUGUAGCUGUGGACUACCUGAUGAGAAGCCUGGAGGUCUACCAGGCCUACUGCAGAGUCAGUGCAGCCCCCAGAGAUGACUCCACCAUGACAAACCGUCACAUGCUAUUGUUGUACAAGGAUCUCAAUAUUUGUGAUAGUAGUCUGACUAUAAGCAACGUCAUGCAAAUCAUCUGUGCAGAGAGCCUUGAUCCCAGCAAUAUGUCACCAUGUAUGGAACUAGAGAUUACAUUCCUGGAGUUCUUCGAGGUACUUCUUGGCUGUGCUGAGAUUAAGUGUCAGGAGAUAGCAGACCCUUACCCCAAGACGAGACUGUUGCUUGCCUCUUCAGCAGUUCCACGUAAAUGGCAACAAUUACUGGUCAAAUUCUGUCAACAGGAAGCUUGGAGUCGGAAGAUCCAUCACUUUUUCAACCACUUUUUCUUCCCUGCGGUAAAACUUCUCCAGUUAGUGUGAUCAGCACUGCUGAGAGUAAAAAACAGAUUGAACAUGAUGGGUUAAUGCUUACACUGUCUGUCUAUAUUAGCCCACCAGCGAAUGAUCAUUCAAAUUUUCCACCGCUACUUGAGCAUAGGUGGUUUCCCUUAUGUUCCACAUCUUUUUGUUCAUCAGAUAAUAUUUUAUAAACUCAAAAAAGAAAAAAUGUGGUGCUUCAGGUAUUUUUGUCCCAGGUUUAUAAUGACCAGACCAGGUCCUUACUCUUACUACAAUCUUUAAUUACAAAACUGAGUUAUCCAAACUGUGUACUUUUUAAAAAAUGCCUACAUAGACAAUGUUUUUCCCUUAAAAAUAGUAAGUAGUGAUUAAAAAUUAAAGGGGAGGAGUGAAAUACAUGAGGUCACUCGGACAGACAGACGGGCGUAUCCGGUCCUUGGGGUUUGGGGUGAAGAGAAGCAGAGAUGCCUCUGCUGCCUGGGCCUAAAAUAAGAGAAAUAAAUACAGUGAGUAUUUAGCAAUGAGAAGCUCAGUUUAAAAGUUUUAACAGAAAAAGAAAAGCUUGAACCUGUGUCGUCUGUAGGCUCAAAGGUGAAGAUUGUGCUGGCAGUGCUGUGGUAUCACCGUGAGGAAAGAGACUUAUUAGAAACCAGUAGUGUCCCAAGUGCAUUUACCCAGCCCAAAAUACUGUGCAUGUAUG